AUGGCUCCUCAACUUCAGCCCGAGGCAGCAGCACUUCAGGCUCGCAACAACUGCCAUCCGCAAUGGUGGAAAGAUCCUGGUCUUCGUGAGCUCAAUAUACGCUUAUUGGGUUUGUUCAUCAGUACCAUGGCAUUCGGUUUCGACGCGGCUCUUAUAGGGGGUCUUCUUGCCAACAAGUCUUGGUACAUAGACCUGGGCAUCUCAGGUUCGACCUUGGUGGGAGUUGUGAUUGCAGCGAACUCUAUGGGCGCAGCCAUUGCCCUGAUCCCAGCACCGUUGCUUGCCGAUAAAGUUGGUCGCCGACCUGCAUGCAUUGUCUUCUGUCUGUGCAUGAUUGCAUUCUCGAUUGGCCAAGCAUUCGUCCAGACAUCUACUCAAUUCCUUUCCGUACGCAUUUUCCUCGGAAUUUUCAGUGUCAGCUUGAACAUCUGUUCAAACCUUCUUGUCUCUGAGAUCGCACAUCCAAGGCAACGAGCCCAAGUCACGUCUUUGUGGAUUACCUUCUUUUACGUGGGCGCGAUUAUCGUGGCAUGGAUCGCUUUUGGUGCUCUCAACAUUAAAUCAUCCUGGACAUGGCGGCUGCCCGUCAUCAUUCAAGCUGCAUGGAACAUCGCUCAACUUCCGCUGCUGAUAUUUCUGUGUCCGGAAUCGCCUAGGUGGCUUGUCAUCAAGGGUCGUAGUGAGGAAGCAAAGGCCAUCCUUGCCAAGUACCACGCCAAUGGUGACCUUCGUGACGAGCUUGUUGAGCUGGAAUACGAAGAGAUCAUAGCCACCACGACCAUAGAGCAAGAGAAGAAAGGCAAUACAUUCCUCGAAUUAGUCAAGUCAAAACCCAACCGCCGUCGGCUCAGCCUUGCAAUUCUCUUGGGGUUAGCCAGUCAGCUGGUCGGCAACAGUGUCGUCAACUUCUACCUGGCUCCUGUGCUCGCAUCUGUCGGCAUAACGAGUAACCGCGCACAGAAUGGUAUUAACGGCGGUCUUCAGAUCUGGAGCUGGAUUGUUGCCAUAAUCGGCGCUUUGUGCAGUGAGAAAUUUGGCCGUAAGACACUAUUGAUUGCAUCGGCCUCAGGGAUGUUGGUGACCAUGUCAGUUGUCACAGCAUGCUCUGCUGUGUAUGCAAACUCAGGAAACAUAGCAGCUGGAAGAGCCGUUAUCGCCUUUCUGUACCUCUUUUUCGGUUGCUACUGCAUUGGCUUUACACCUAUUCCACCUCUGUAUGUGGCGGAAAUCUCGACCCCAGCCACACGCCCACUCCUGGUUUCCAUCUACUGGAUGUGUACAGGCUUGGCCCUCUGCUUCAAUCAGCUCGUCAACCCUAUCGCUCUCGGCGCCAUCGGAUGGAAAUACUAUUUGGUGUAUGUUGCUAUCAUAGUAGUGGUCAUUGUGCUUUUUACAUUCUUUCUCCCAGAAACCAAAGGCUUGACUAUGGAAGAGAUUGCUGGUAUAUUCGACCCCGAGUAUGCGGUCGCCAAUACUGAAGCUGCCGCCCGUGUCUUGGAGAAACAUGCUUUUGAACAUGAUGAAGGUAUCAUACAAUCCGAAACUGUUGAUACUAAGCGGAAUGAUGCUUGA